GUGCGUCUGAGGUUCAAGGAGAUCCAGCGCAGCAAAGAGAAGCUGACGUCUCACGUGACACGUGAGGAGUUCCAGGAGGCCUUCUGCGAACUCUGCACGCGCCCAGAUGUCUAUUUCCUAUUGGUCCAGCUCUCUAAGGACCGCGAGUGUCUGGACGCCCAGGACCUUCGUCUCUUUCUGGAGACGGAGCAGGGCCUGUCCCUGGCCACAGCUGAGGGCUGUUUGGAGCUGGUCCUACGCUUUGAGCCCUCCAGACCAGGCCGAGAGAGAGGCUUGCUGGGGCUUGAUGGCUUCGCACGUUACCUGCAGUCUCCAGAGUGCCAGCUGUUUGACGUGGAGCACCAGGGAGUGUGUCAGGAUAUGAACCUGCCCCUGUCCCACUACUAUAUCAGUACUUCCUAUCGGUCCUAUCUCCUGGAUGACCAGGUCCAUGGGAGGGCUGAUCUAGGGGGUUUGACCAGGGCUUUGCAGGCCGGGUGUCGUUGCCUGGAGCUGGGGGUGACAGACGGCCCAGAGGGGGAGCCUCUCCUGGGGGUAGACUAUGGUCCUGAUACCCACCGCCACCACCACCAUCACCACCACGCCCCGGUCACCAUCCGCAGUGCUCUGGAGGUGGUGAAUAAGUACGCCUUCCUGACCUCGCCCUACCCGCUUCUGCUCUACUUGUGCCAGCGCUGUUCCCCCUCCCAGCAGCGUACCUUGGCCCAGCACCUGAGGAAGGUGUUCUCUACACGUCUCUACACCCCUGAGGCCCUGCCAGUCAGCCCGGUGGGGCGAGCCACCACCCUGCCCUCCCCUGAGCAGCUGAAGGGCCGGGUGCUGCUGGUGGGGAAGAAGCUACCCCCAGAAGAGGAGGGAUCCGAGGGAGAGGUAUCAGAGGAGGAUGAGGAGAUAGGGGGAGGCGGACCCUUGGCUGGCCGGCGAAUGACCAUCCCCGGAGAGGAGGAACUGGGUGUGGUUUUAGUGGUACCCCCUCCACCUCAGCCCAGGAGACUCCGCCUCCAACGCGAGCUCUCAGAUCUGGUGAGUGUGGCACGAACUGGAAGCCGUAGCUUCUACAACCACCGAGAAAUAAGGAAACAAGGACAGCAGCACUCCCCACCCAGCACCCCCUCAACGCCGGGCACGCCUUUACUCCCUGAUUCGGCCUAUUGGACUCUGUGCUCCCUGGGGGAAGGAGAAGCGGGCCGGCUGGUCAGUGAGAGCCCAGAGGACCUAGUAGGCUUCACCAAGCGUACCCUGACCCGUGUCCGGCCCAGCUCCGUCCGCCUGGACUCCUCCAACCCCAACCCCCAGGGGUACUGGAAGGGCGGGGUCCAGCUGGUGGCCCUCAACCAGCAGACUCCCGGGGCCAUGCUGGACCUCCACAGGGGACGCUUCAUCCAGAACGGGGGCUGUGGCUUCGUGCUGCGCCCGGGGGUCAUGAGAGAUGAGGUUUCCUACUUCAGUGCCGUGACCCAGGGGUGUGUGCCCGGCGUGCCACCUCAGACCCUCAGGGUGAAGGUGAUCAGCGCCCACAACCUGCCCAAGCCGCAGGGUGCUGGGGCCAAAGGAGAGGUUAUAGAUCCCUACGUGGUUCUGGAGCUACAUGGGGUACCAGCGGACUGCGCUGAGCAACGGACCCGGACCGCCGCACAGAACCAGGAUGGCCCACUGUUUGAUGAGACUUUUGAGUUUCAGGUAAGA